CUUCAAAAUCGGUGAGGAAGGAAGUCGCCGUUACAAUUUCCUUGUCCCGUACAUUUCGCAUUGUGAUGUUGCUGGACUGAGAUCCUUUCUAAUGGCUCGAUUUUGGCCUUCAUCUUGUUUGUUGCUUGUAUAAUGAAGGUAUUCUUCAUCUUCGAUCACCUAUCCCUACUAUUCUCUGUAUAGCUACAACAUGUUCACGCCAGUACAUACCACGUUCGGGGCGUUGAUGCUCUUCCAGAGCUCUACGGGAUUGCUGUUGCACAAUGGGGCGGUUUUCGGCAUAUCCUCGCUCCUGUCGGGAGCUCUUUUGAAUCCGACGAGGGAUAAUGUGGCUCUCAUUGCUGGUCUAGUGUCGAGUGUUGUCCCCGUCGCUCUUUUCUUGCCGUCUGCCAUCCCAUCAUAUCCCACUGCACCAAAUUCUUGGGGGUCGUGGCUCUUGACCGUGGGCCAUGGGUUUCUGCUGGGAUGGGGUACAAAGAAUGGUCGAGGUUGCACGUCCGGCCACAUGCUCUGUGGCAUUUCUCGAUUGUCGCCACGCUCGUUUAUUGCUACCGCUGUCUUCUUCACCACCGCCCUACUCACAGCCAAUUUCUUCGCCGGCGGCUCCAACAUCCCCCCGUGUGCUGGUGGAACACCCUGCUACAUGCCCGUCUAUCCAUCGACUGCGGAGCUAGCCGUCAUGCUCACCACCACAGCAGUUACAUCCGUGAUGAACUUCGUCGUCGUCCCCCGUACCCUCGAGAGAUCCGAGCGCUCAAGGACUAUAUUCUCGUAUCUGGCGGGUCUGGAAUUUGGCGUAGGACUGCUGUUCUCCGGAAUGGCUGACCCAACCAAGGUCCUGCGAUUCUUUGCCUUCCUGUCUGACCCUUCGCGAUUUGAUCCAUCACUGGCACUCAUAAUCCUCUUCGGAAUUGGCCCGUCACUGAUAACCUUUUUGUCGACCAAACCGGGGCAACAGACCGAUAACAAAGCGGAACAGUCCACACCCACUCUGGCGGCACAAUGGAGACUUCCCACUGCGACUGUAGCAGAUAUUGACUGGAGAUUUGUGGCAGGCGGAGUCGCUUUCGGCCUCGCCUGGGGACUACGCGGGGUAUGCCCCGGUCCAGCCAUCCUGCGCAGUGUGCUCCAGCCGGUUUGGGGGCUUGCAGAGAUGACUGGUUUUAUGCUAGGAAAUCUGAUGUAAUUUUUUCCCGUUGCUGUGAUAGAGUGGUGGUGCUGUACAAAAAGCCGUCCUGGAAGGGCCAUGCGCGGCGGUGUGGCCGAGUGUUUCCAUUCAUGAGCUAUGCAA